AUGACGAGCCGCGCCAUGAUCCCCGUCCUGGUGGCCUUCAUGCUGCUGACCGGUGUCUGCAACACGCUGUUGACCAAGUACCAGGACAUGCAAUGUGUAGCAGACUGCGAUACCGACCGCCCGAAGAAGUUCGAGCAGCCAGUCAUCCAAACCCUACAGAUGUUCGUCGGCGAGGCUGGGUGCUGGCUGGUAGUGGUCCUGUCCUGGUUGGUCAAAAGGGUAUUGACAAGCGACGUUGUGCCCAUACAAGAUACUCGAUACGUGCCAGUGGCAUCAGAAGAGGCGGGAGAAGAGCUUGAGUCCGAUGAAAACGAACUUCACCACGAUCUAUCUUCGUCCCAGACGCUCGUGGACCCGACGAAUAUCGUUGCCGCACCUAAGCUAGAUCCAGAGCUAUUGCACAAGGAACGCCAGCCGCUUACUGGAUGGAAAGUCACGAUGUUGGCGUUGCCAGCCAUCUGCGACAUUUGCGGCACAACUCUGAUGAAUGUUGGCCUGCUGUUCGUUGCGGCUUCGAUCUACCAAAUGACUAGAGGAGCUCUGGUCCUCUUCGUCGGCCUCUUCAGCGUCAUCUUCCUCAGGAGACAUCUUGGAGCUUGGAAGUGGGCAAGUCUCUUCAUUGUCGUGCUUGGAGUUGCAGUGGUGGGUCUUGCUGGCGUACUGGAUCAGAAACACGGCGCGCCCACCUUACCUGGAGACACUCGGCCUGACGAUAAGACCGACCUGCUUACCCAUGCCGGUCUUGCACUCCGGCGGGGCGUCACAGCGUUGGAAGAGCACACUGCAGCUGAGACCGUGCUGGGCUUCUUCCUCAUCGCUACAGCACAGAUCUUCACAGCUGCACAAUUCGUCCUUGAAGAAAGUAUCAUGGAGCGAUACUCGAUGGACCCCAUUCGAGUCGUAGGCUGGGAGGGCGUCUUUGGGUUCCUCGUUACGCUUGCCGGUAUGGGCGUCCUGCAUGCUGCCAUUGGGCAGACAGAGGCUGGCAAAGGCGGCUACUUCGAUGCACGCGAAGGCUUCUAUGAAAUGUUCCACUAUCGGUCGAUUGGGAUCACAUCUCUAUUGAUAAUGGUAUCCAUUGGUGGUUUCAACUUCUUCGGGCUGUCUGUCACACGGGUCAUCUCUGCAACCGCACGAUCUACAAUCGAUACAUGCCGAACACUCUUCAUCUGGCUUGUGAGUCUGGGUCUGGGCUGGGAAACUUUCAAAUGGCUCCAAGUGGUUGGCUUCAUCCUUUUGGUCUACGGCACAGCGGUGUUCAAUGAAGUAGUUAGGCCGCCGACCAUAGCAUUCCUGAGACGGCAGAAGAGAGUGGCUCUACAGGAAGAACGUUGA